CUUGUGUUACCGUAGGACAAAAUCCUGAAAAUGCCUGCAUGCUCUGUAUGCCAGUGGCGGCCCGUCCCGCUUUGGGACAGUCCCCUUGCGGCUACAGACACACCCAUUUUGUCCCAGUCCGUUUUUCGAUUUCUAUUUGGUGGAAAAAAAAGUCGGCUGUUGCGCAUAGGUUUUUUCACGAAAACUGGUCCCUUAAUUCCCUCUACCCUGUGCCAAAUAUAGGGUAAGAAAUCAGGAAUUUCCUCCUGCCACUCCUGCAAAUGCAAGCGAAAAUAGAGAGAGGAAAAACGAGACCUACGGCCAAGAUCUGCGCUUAAGCUUCCAUUUCCGCCCAGAAAAACGGACUUGUGCUGCUUCACAACUUCAUGAUGCCUUAUGUGACCUCCGCUAACUACCCAGGAUUAAAGGGGUAGUAGAUUAUUAUUGGUUAAAAUGACGAAACAAUAAGAGAAAAGCGAUGCUCUACUUUCUUAAUUAUUUAGCGGGUUUGCAAACGUGUAGAGCACAUGCCGAAAUGCCUUUGUUUCGGUGAAGUGGGAGAAAAGUCGUUCCCAUGAAGAGGAAGCUUGUCAGCACAACUUUGGGUUUUGUAACUUUGUUUUUCCCACCUUCUUCAGCUGGAUCGGUGCUGCUGUACUUUAUCGAGCUUAAGGACGUGGACGUGGGUCGCAUCGGCUUGUUUUAAUGCAGAAUUUGGAUUAUGCCUCUUUCGCAUCUGGAUAAAAGUAUAUGUGAACUAGUUUGCAGUCGUCAGACGUAUGUAUGCCCACUAUAGACUCCUGGGGGGAGAGAAAAAGAAGUGCCGCAAAGCGAGCGCGAGGAAGAUCCGCAGAAACUUUCCGCUUCUGAAGGGGAGGAAUGCCCGACACAAGGAGCGCCUGGAAGGAUGCUGCUUCUUGUAACAUGGAGUUGAAAAACACUUUUGUAUUUGCUGUGCUGCUCUGUUUGACCUUCUGCCCGAUCUUCACGCAAGAACUUAACCCAAAAGGCAGGAAUGUGUGCAAAAUCCCGGGGUCUCCAGGAUUCCAGUGCUGUCCUGGGUGGAGCCAACUGGGAGACGAAUGCUUGACACCACUCUGCGAAGGCAACUUCACCUGUAAGGAGAACGAGGUGUGUGUCAGGCCCAAUGAGUGCCGCUGUCGUCAUGGAUACUUUGGAGCCAGCUGCGAUACGAAGUGCCCCAAUCAGUUCUGGGGGCCAGACUGCAAGGGGAAGUGCAUGUGCCACCCCAACGGGCAAUGCGACGAUGUGACGGGCGAGUGCACAUGCAACCCCAACCGCUGGGGACCCAACUGCGAGAACGCCUGCUCCUGCCAGAAGGGCAAAUGCGACCAGGCCACGGGCAAGUGCAGCUGCAAUCCAGGCGUCUGGGGGCCGCAGUGCUCGCAGGUCUGCUACUGCAGCGUCAACUCCGUGUGCGAGCAGACGACCGGCCGCUGCAUCUGCAACCCAGGCUACUACGGGCGCAACUGCGGGGCGCAGUGCGUCUGCAACGGCUCACCGUGCGAGCAGUUCACUGGCCGCUGCCAGUGCCGUGAGCGCCUCUGGGGGCCGCGCUGUGAGCGUUACUGCCAGUGUGUGCACGGCAGGUGCAACCCCACCGACGGCUCGUGCACCUGCUCCCCAGGCUACCGCGGCAAGUUCUGCAGGGAGCCGUGCCCCGCCGGGUUCUACGGCCAGAACUGCAGGCACAGAUGUGGCCACUGCAAGGGCCAGCAGCCGUGCAAGGUGACGGAGGGCCGCUGCGUGACAUGCGAGCAAGGCUGGAACGGCACCAAGUGCGACCAGAUGUGCGCGCCGGGAUUCUUCGGGGAGAACUGCAAAGAUGUCUGCCCGCCAUGCAAGGACGGGCACUUCUGUAGCCGCUUCGAUGGCAAAUGCUCCCACUGUAACCCCGGCUGGACCGGGGAUCGGUGUGAGACCAGGUGUCCCAACGGGACGUAUGGCGAGAACUGCGAUAACAACUGUAGCCACUGCUUCAACGGGGACUGCCACUUCGAAACGGGGGAGUGCCUGUGUGACCCCGGCUUUCACGGCACCUUCUGCAAUCUGACCUGCGAGUCUGGCCAGUAUGGAGUGAACUGCGCCCAAACGUGCCCCUGCCAUGACCGGAGGUGCAAUCCCAUCUCCGGGGCCUGCAACUUGUUGCCUAACCAGAGGAUGGGCGUGAUCGCAGCUGGAUCUCUAGUCACCUUCCUCCUCCUCGUCCUCCUCUCUCUCCUGUGCUGCUGCUUCCUCUGCAAAAAGAGAGACGAAAACAACCCAGAAAGCUCCACCAGCAGACAAAAAGCCAAACGGCUCCUCUGUGGAAGGUUCAGCCGAAUCAGCACCAAGCUGCCCCGGAUUCCGCUGAGACGACAGAAGUUGCCCAAAGUUGUUGUGGCCCACCAUGACCCAGAGAACGCCUUCAACUGCCGUUUCAUUGAGCCUCCUUCAGCAGCAGAGCAACAUUCUCCAUCCUGGUCCUCCCAAGAAUCCUUCUCCUCCUUUGAAAACAGUGAUGAUGGCCCUGUUUACUGCAUUCCCCAUGAAGACUCUGUUGCAGAGAACAAAGAUAAGGGUUACACCAAUGGAAGCGUAGAAAAAAAUGGUCCAAAUGAUGAAGAUGCAGGGGAGUACACAUCACUGAAAGACACGGGUUCCAACAAACAGUCCACGGCAGACAACGUCGAGACACCGCUGCUGAAGUCAGCCGACAGCGAUGGCUCGAUGAGCGGCUCUGAGUCCGCUGCCGGUGCAGUGUAUGCUCAGGUGUCCAAACAGUCUAAAGACGAGGAUGAUGGCCAGGGCGGGGAUAUCAAGGGCAAUGGCAAGCCUCCUUCCCCAGAGAGAGCAAAGCCAAGGCCACCAGAUCCUUCCACCAAGCCCAAGGUCUCCUGGAUACAUGGCACAGUUGGGGCCAACCAGGCUGAGAAGGGCCAGGUGACAGCAAAGGAGAAAAAGAGGAGCACAAGUGAUGUCUCUGUGAAGAGUGAGGAAAAGCAUAGGAUGAAGGAGAAGAGCAGCAAGCACCGGGAGCAAAGGCAUGCAGAGGCCAAGGAUAACGAGGGGAGCCAAUCUCUCAGCAAACAGAAAACUCACAAGAGCAGGCCAGGCCAGGAGCAGAUAGAGCACAUCAAUGGAGCGGUGCAGAAUGCCCUGAAGAAGAUUGGAAACUUUCAUCUGGACAGGAAGGGGGGAGACUCCCAACCUCCCAAGAGCCCAAGCAAGGUACGCUCCGAGGUCAUUCCUCCCAACGUGAACUCAGAGGCGGCCACCUUGCUGGCAGCCCAGCUGAAGGAGAAGACGCAGAGCAUCAACAGGAAUGAGGGCACUCUCAAGCCCAAUGGUUUCUCCACACCCCAGGCCCAGCGUGAGAAGCCCACCCCACCUCAAAAGGCAAAACGCUCUUCAGCGGGCAUGAGCCAGAAUCCUAGCAAACCACUGCUACCUACUUCAAGCAACCUGCAGAAGAUGGUGGCCCCAAUCUCAGAAACGCUCUCACAUGAGCCCAAAAGCCCCGAGAAACUGGACUCAAACAGCUUGGGGGCAGGUGAUGGGGGAGAGUCCACACCAAAGAAGACGCCUAUCAAAAAGCCCCCCAGAAAGAAAGGCAAGGAAGGAACUUUGGAUUCAGAAACUAAGAUCCAUCCCAAGAUCGCAAUAAUGCCCCCUCAGAUGGUGAAAUAGACUGGCGGUUCCUUCCAAACAAUGAGUGUCAUGGGAUGUUUUCAUUUCAAGACACCUAGGACAACAGUCAAUGCAAGCAAGAAACAAAUGAUUCAGUAAUUUUCCAUCAUCAAGGAUUUGAUAUGAUUUUUAAAUUUUUAAUUCUCUGAACGAAAAAGGAGAAAAAAUAUUAGGAGAAAAAAUAUUAGUAAUUAGACUUGGAUGACAGCUAUUCUGCAGCUGAGUCAAAACAUUGCUGAAAAUUACAAACAUUCGAUAUAACUUGGAUUCAAAGCAGCGAUUUAACAGCCUUUCAACUUUUUAUACUUGCAAUUUAGUAUUUUUAAUCGUUAACAAACGAUAAUGAUGAGUACUGAGUUCUGACAGUGGCAAGCUAUCUUAGCUUUUUUCUAGUUGAAUGUUAUGACUACCACUAUGUAUUUUCUAUCUUCCAUUGUAUCCAAUAUAUUCCAGACACUUGUUUCAUCAUUAUUUAUGGGUGUGUGUGUGUGUAUGUGUGUGUGUGUGUUUGUGUAUAUAUAUAUAUAUAUAUAUAUAUAUAUAUAUAUAUAUGUUAUUUCAUACAGCUAUAAUCUAUGAAGAAGAAGACAAGUUUCAAGCAUGAAAGGUACUGAGAUGUAGAAGGCUUUCUGUGGACUGUUCAUAUGCUAAUAAUCAAAGAAUUCUGGUUGCCAGAUAUUAGUGAACUGACUGCAUUAUUUAUGAGAAGAUGUGGUUGCCAGUUGCUUCCACACAGAACUGGUAUUUAUGCUGUAUAUAUAUUGCUUCUUUGAAUGCUGAAACAGCAGUGAGGAUGCAUUUGGACAAUGGUGCAAAGGCAUUAGGUGAAGGCGUUUUACUAUGGUCAGUGUUACAAGAUAAAUAGUCUCGUGUGACAGUUAAAUCUUGAGUACUGGUUUACGCCCUGUGUGCAGUCGGUCUCUUCGAUGCUUUGUGUUAAAAUUAUUUUUGAUCUCUUUCAGUUGUCACCAUUUGGAGAUGAGGUAGCUUAUUUUAUAACCCAUUUUCCGUCAAGCAAAGCAGUAAUCAAAAAAGUGUUAGAAAAGUGUGGAAAACAGAUCUUGAGAGCGCAGAAGCCUUGUCUGUCUUUGGAGUGUAUACCAUACUCAUUUCCCCUAGCAACUGCUAGCCAGUUGAACACACCCAGUCCAAUGAAAGAUUGGUGCAAGUUUCCAGUAUCUUGGUGCAAGUUUCCAGUAUCUUCACCCAUGUGCGAGAUCUAGCAGCCCGACGUUCUUCCGAGAAUUCCUGGGUUUGCCUGCCCACUUUGCCAUGGCAGGAGGAUGGAAGUGGGAGAGCAUCCCAGACACCACAUGCAUGCUCCUCAUCUGCUGAUAAUAGGCACAAGACAAAUGGCCAUCUUCAGGGACGAAUAACUGGAAAUUAUUUUGUCGUCAUCGCUGUCCCGUCCAGUAACAGCUUUCUCUUUUUUAAUCGGUUGUAAGUUUUUUUUUUUUCACCAUGCAGAACACCUCCUUCACAUCUGGUGUAAAGAAAUUAGUCAUUGGUUCAUUUCUCCAGCUAUUAAAUCAUUCGUUUUAAUUCAAAACAAGAGGAUUCAGAGGGUUGUGUUGUAGUGCUAAGUAAUCAGACCACUAGUAUUUUAAGGUCCUACUGUUCCCAUGGGUAACAUCCAAAGCAGGUAUAUGUUUGGAAUAUGACCAGUCACUUCUUCUGUUUCCACCAUGCUUUGUAAUAGCUUGAAUGCAUUAAAUGCCAAAAUCAACAAGCCUUGACCAUUCCAUCAGCAUUUGUUGAACACCCUACUGAAAAACUGUAAGGGGAUGUAUUGUUAAGUUGAAAAACAGCUGCUCACAGACACCGACCUCCCCCCUCCAGCGAGUCCGUGAGGGAGACAUUUACACGCAUUCAAAACCUUUACAUACAAAAUAACACAUUUCUGUUCUGGCAGAAAUGUUUAGGCCUAUAGCGAAUAAUCAGAAAUGGUUUAUUCACUAAUAAACCCGAACCCAAAUAAAACUAUCCAGGGUCUGUUUUAUUUGCCUAGGAAAUAUAUUUUUUAACAUUAGCUUUUUAAAUAGUUUUUUCUCCUUUCUUGGAGAAUAAUAAGCACUUGUUAUUGAAAUUAUAUACAUACACACAUACAGACACACACACACACACACACACACACACAAGCACGUAAAAUAGGCGGGCUCUUUCGGUAAACUGGAUAUAGUCAAAGUGUUGAACACAGUGUAUUUUGAUACUAGUUUGUGGUUGUGUUUUAAAAAAAAUUUUCACAAUACCUGUUGAAGUGUUAACAUAGAGGCAUUUAGUGUAUGUCGUUAGGCUUUCGUUUGGAACUAAAAGUCCCUGUAAAUGCUAAUGAAAUGUUUUGAUCUCUGUUUUUGUGUUUUGUUUCUAUGGUACAAGUACUUCCUACAUUACAACCCUUAUUAUUAUUUUUGUACUUGUAAAAAAAUCGGAACAGUAUUAUUGUUAAUACGUGUAAGCUGUGCUUAUAUGAUUUGAUUUGCUACUUCGUGUUACUUUUUGUCUAUGAACUGGCUUUCAUAUUUUAUUUUAUUUCCUUUAAAAAUAACUUUGGCUUUAAGAAUGAGAACGUACUUUACAUCGUUUACUACAGAUAUGUUUUGCUGGGAAGUUCCUGCUCUUGUGCUGAAGAUGUUACUACUUUCAGUUUGAGGUUAAAUGAUUUUUUUUUCUAACAUAACAGCUGUUAUGGCAUAGGGUAUGUUACUUUUUUAAUUGUUUCUGUUACCAUUUUUGUUGUAAGGACUGUCACAUUCUUCCUGCGCAUAUUACAGUAUAACCACAGCCACUAAAAUACGUUUGUUUCACUGAUAUCUGUAAAAGUCAUACGGAAACAUAAUGGAAGGCUGAGAAGUGACUACAUAUUUAGCUAGCUUCAAUAAAUUUCUGGACUUCGUGUCUGAAAGCACCUGUGCAACAUGGCCUCAAGACUGCCAGUCUCAUUAUCUUCAUUGUUUCUGUUGGUUUGUCCACUGUCUUUUGUCGUUCUACCUUGUAAUUGAUUCAGUGUUUUUUUUUAAUUGCUAAAAUAAAAACAAAUGUGUAUGCAUUGUCA